GGUUUUGGGGCGGAACCUUCGCGCGGCGAGGGCGGGCGCACGGGGCAAGGUUUUGCCGAAACGCCGCGGCCGGCCUCCGUGGGAGUCGCGGCUGGGGCUGCGCGUCAUCUGCUCCAGCUCCGGCUCCGGGUGCGCGCGCCGUCCCCCCACCCGCAGACUGACUUCCGCCCGGCCUCGCCCAGCGCGCGGGGUGCGCGGCCUCCCGGAGCCCCCGGAGACUUGGACCGCUGAGCGGGAGGAGGCGGCGGGAGCGCGAGCUCCGACCAGCGUCUCGGCGGCGCCGCGGGAUUUACAGAUGGAUUCCGUGGAAAAGACAACAGACAGAAGUGAACAAAAAUCAAGUAGAAAGUUUUUAAAAAGCCUCAUCCGGAAACAGCCCCAGGAGCUGCUCCUGGUCAUGGGGACGGGAGUCAGUGCCGCUGCGGCCCCAGGGAUCCCCGCCCUGUGCUCGUGGAGGAGCUGCAUCGAGGCCAUCAUCGAGGCCGCGGAGCAGCUCGAGGUGCUGCACCCCGGGGACGUGGCCGAGUUCCGCAGGAAGGUGACCAAGGACGGGGACCUGCUGGUUGUCGCCCAUGACCUGAUCCGGAAGAUGUCCCCUCGCACGGGCGACUCCAAGCCCAGCUUCUUCCAGGACUGCCUGCUGGAGGUGUUUGACAACCUGGAGCAGCACAUCCAGAGCCCGCUGGUGCUGCAGUCCAUCCUCAGCCUGAUGGAGAGGGGCACCAUGGUGCUGACCACCAACUAUGACAACCUGCUGGAGAUCUUCGGGCAACAGCACAACAAGCCCAUGGUGUCUCUGGAUCUGAAGGACAAGACCAAGGUCCUUCAGUGGGCUAGAGGACACAUCAAAUACGGAGUUCUUCACAUUCACGGCUUAUACACAGAUCCCUGCGGGAUGGUGUUGGACCUAUCGGGAUACAAAGACGUUACCCAAGACCCGGAAGUCAUGGAGGCUCUUCAGAACUUGUACCGCACCAAAUCCUUUCUGUUUGUGGGCUGCGGAGAGACCCUCCGAGAUCAGAUAUUCCAGGCCCUCUUCCUUUAUUCGGUGCCGGACAAGGCGGAUUUGGAGCACUACAUGGUUGUGCUCAAGGAGAGCGAAGACCACUUCUUUAAGCAGCAGGCAGACAUGCUUCUGCGUGGGAUCAAAGUCGUGUCCUACGGGGACUGCUUUGACUAUUUUCCGGGGUAUGUGCAGGACCUUGCCACUCAGAUCUGCAAACAGCGAAGUCCAGAUGCCGAUCGAGUGGACAGCACCACGUUGUUCGGUAAUGCAUGCCAGGACUGUGCAAAGAGGAAGUUAGAAGAAAAUGGAAUUGAAGUUUCAAAGAAACUCAGACAAUCAGAUACUGAUGAAGAAGCAGGACCAGAGAGAUUCUGACUUGUCCAGGCUGGUUAGUGGUGGAAUGAGUAGGACCUAGAACACAGGUCACUGCAAUGACCAAUUUCCAUGAGCUGACUUUGCCCGGUAAGUGGGUCAUUCAGAUAGUGUGGUGGCGAUUUCCCACCAGAAAAAAAACACACCACCAAUAACACGAAGUUCCCACUCAUAUUUGAGGUGAAAAAUACGUACUUGGGCACUGUUGUUUCUGCAGAGCUUCUUGUAGAUCUGAUCAAUUGCGACUGAGACGUGCUCAAAACAUUGGCUGAAAAGAUUGUAUCUCCUUUUUUUCACCUGUUCAAACUCUUGCCUACGUAUUCUGGCUUCCUUUCUGCUGGCCUCAAAAGCUAAGAGAGAAUCAAUGUUCUUUAUUUUGGAGACCACCAAGGGCUUCUCUUAUUUCACCUUUAAAGCAUAAAAUAUUUUUUAAACUAGAUUUUGAGUUUGGUUGUCUUGAGUAAAAUCUACCUUCAAAACACCUCAACUAUUAUUAAUUCCAAGAAAAUGACUUAAAACUGAUGAGCCCUUUUUCUGGUAGGGCUGAUUUUUAAAUAAUAAUAACAAACUCCAACAGAGUAUCUAAUAUGCCUCUUACGCUGGUAUGAAAUAAGACACUAUUCUAAAAUAAUCAAUACACCUGUCUUUAAAUGAAAGCAGAACGCUUUUCAAAAGGAAGGAAUUAGUGAUUCAGUAUUAAAAGUACAUUACUAUAAGAUAAUAGAGGAAAAAAAUAUAUAAUAAAAACAAAGGUACAAUUCAGGGGGGAUUAUUAGUAAAUGUUAUAGAAAUCAAAGCUCCUAACACCCAUGAAUAUGAUAUUGCUAACAACUAAAGCUUAAUUUCACCGUCUGUGUACUCCUGAAACUUGUCUCUGACAGUCUUUAGGUUCUCCGGGGCUCUGAGGUUUGGGGCCGCUGUCCUCAGCAGGACAUCUUCCUGGGAUGCUACUUGUUGCCGUAGGAGUCUAAGGUGGGCCUCAAUUUCUUUAUCAGAUUGUAGAGCCUAUUAUUGGCAAAGAACAGCAAUGGUUAGCAUGCCGUUUAGAUCCAAACUGCUAAGGUACAAUAAUUAGGCACAGGGCCCUUCGGGAUCUGGCCCGUCUCCCUCCGCAUCCACUCCUGCCCUCCUUUGCGGCCCUCUCUGAGUCUGCAGUGCGGUCAGGUCACACUGCUGUAGCUUCCUGAAGUUGGCUGUGCUCUUUCAUAGCUCUAGAGUCAUAGAUGCUGCUCUCUUGGAACGCGCUGCACCUUCAUCUUUCUUAAUCUGGCUAAAAAAGUAACAAUUCACGUAUCACUUCAUUUACUCGUUCAUUAAAAAAUAUUGAUCAUCUACUAUGUAUUAGACACUGAGGAUUCAGUGAUGAAAACUAUUCUGUCCCUGCCCUUAAAGAGCUCACAGGGAAGUCAGACAUGCAAACUGGCGUCUGCAACAGCGCGAAACCCUCCACCAGGCAAGCACAGGUAUUAUGGGGCAGGCAGAAGGGAUCCAACCCAUCUGGAUGGGUAACACUUAAGCUGAAACCUAAACAAUGAGCAGAACUAACUUGAGUGAAGCGAGAAGGGAAAAAGUGAUGUAGGCAUCACCUUCCAGGAAAAUUUUCUUGACCCCCUCCCAGAGGGGUUAAUUAAUAUCUGAUAAAGGUGACAUUUUAAUUCAUUGGGAAAAGAAUUAUUUAGAAGAUGUUGAGUAAACUGGUUAACUUACGUACCUUUUAAAAAACAGAUUCUUACCUCAUACCAUAUAUAAAGAUAAAUUUCAGAUUAAUUAAAUAGGUGAGUGAAAACAAAAAAAUCACUAACAGGAAGAAAAUAUUUAUAAAUAUUUAGUCAGUAAUGUCGUGGGGAAGGACUUUCUAAAUACGAAAGCACUGAAUAGACUAUAAAAUAGAUCAGAACUUUAUUCUGAUUGCCAAAAGUACCACAAGUACAAUGAAAAGAGCCCAACAAAUGUAACAAAAUGUAUUAGAAACAUCUGAAAUUAAAAGAUGUGGUAGCUACUGCUACUUGGUGUCCAUUCUCCAUCAUUUCUUCCUUUGUAACAGAGCCCAUGUUUGACCAUCUCCCUCAUACGUCCCAGGAACCCUGCUUGGUCUAAAGCUAAGUCCAUCCCACCCCCAACAGUGAUUGGUCAGGAAUGAACAUGUGACCCAAUUUAGGCCACUGUGAUGAGAGGACAAUUGGUAGAGCUUUGUGGAAAAGCCUUUCUUCAACCUUUAGAACAGCACCACUACAAAAGGCAGUCUCUCUCUUCUCUGAGGGUUGUGGUUGGGUGGCUGGAAGGCCAAGAAAGGCUACAGUCAUUUUGCCCUCAUGAGAGAAGCAGCUUCAGGACGAAGUCAAAACACAAAGCAAAAUAUGGCUAUAGGGUUAAGAGAAAGAGUGAGAGCUGCUAAAUUAAAGAGACCAUGAAACUGGAUUCCAGGUUUGUGCUCUGUAGCUGUGAAGUAUUUGUCGCCUACUGAGGGUACUGCACUGGGACACAAUUCAGGAUGCUGCAGUAUGUUGGCUACUUUUGUCUAUUUCAGGACUUCUCAAAGACUUUAUUAUUCAUUCUGAAUCUCCAAGAAGGGAAUAGACUUUCAAAACACUGACAGAAACUUUUCUUCUUCGGCAAGACAUUUCAUGGUAUUGGUGUUCUACAGAACACACAGUAAGAAAUGGUGAUAUAAAAACUUUAAAUGUUUUAAACAUUUUAUGUGUAACCUAUUUAGACUAUUUCUUAAAAAACCAUUAGGAAAUCUACUUUCUCCCCUAAAUUUAUGCUCUAUCAUCUAAAAUUAUUCUGCAGUAUUUAAAUAUUCACUAUUACCAUGAGUUAGUCAUGAACAACAGAAAUCUUUCAAUUACCUUCAAAUCCUCUCUUAGAGAGCUGUAGUCUAUCUCAAUGGCGGCUUCUUUUUCAUAUAUAUCCAUUGUUGCCUGGGUACUUUCUGCUUCAGGUCCCAACUGAAAAACAUGAAGCCCUUCCCUUGUUAUCUGAAAUGGCGAUCUCUACUCAUCUGUCUGUCCCAAGGCCUCCAGUUGAUUGCCACCUCAUGCAGAUUGAAAGUUAAAACCCUUAUGUUGGCCUGCAAGGCCAUGAUGGUCUGGCCUCUGCUUCCCUUUAACUUUACUUUGCGCCAGUCUUCCUGGUACUCGCUUUGCUCCCACUACACUGGCCUCCUUGAACAGACCAGGCACACGUCCACCUUAGGGCCGGCACACUGCCCUCUGCCUGGACACCCUUCCCCUAGAUGUCUGCAUCUCUUCAUCUUCUACGUUGUCUGCUAACCAGCUGCCUUCUCUCAGGACAUCCAUGGCCUCUGCAUCUAACAUUGCAAACUCUCCUCCACCAAUACUCUCUAUGCCCUUCCCUGCUUUAUAUUUUCUUUAGCCUACAGCAUCACCAAAUACAUAAAUAUUUUAUCUGUUUACCAUUUUGUUUCUGUGCCUAUCUCUCCCCUAGUAGAAUGUGAAGGAAGGGAUUUUUGGCAGUUAUACUCACUGCUGUGGUCUCAGUGCCUAAUGCAAUGCUGACAACAUAGCAAUAUAUUUCAAUUUCAAUAUAUAUCACUCUGAAUGGAGAGAGGAAUAGGAAAGAAGGGACAAAUACAUGAGCACUUACUCAGCUGUAGGCUGGUCUUUGGUGUAAUGCUGAUACCAAAAACAAAGACUUACAAAUUAAGAGAAAAAAACCCCUUUGUCACUCACUCUUUUCUAGACGUUCUCAGCUGAAACAAACCCAAUAAAACUACUUUUGGAAUUAAGUCUAUAUUUUAUGUAAUAUAUUUAUGUUAAAAUGGUUCACAAGGAAGUGGAACUUGAAUACAACAUGUAAUGCUGAAUCCCUGAAUCUCAUGGUUCCUGUUGAUGUGAUUCAACAUCGUGUUUUUUAUUAAGCUUCUAUAUGAGUCAUCUGAUGCCUUGCUAUUCAAAGUGUGGUCAGUGGGCCAGCAAGAGCGGGCCUCGCCUGGGAGCCAUUAGAAAUUCAAUCUCUUAGGAAACAAGAUCCCCAGAUGCUUCAUGUGCACAGUAUGGUUUGGGAACCAGUGAUCUGGUAUAGUCUUCCCCACAAUAGAAGAAUCUUCUAUGAGAAUCCUGGCAGAUGUAGGUAACUUACCCUCUGUCUGCACACCUCCAAUGGAAGGGAAAUCUCAGGUUCUACCUUACAAUGGUUGUAAGACAAUGAUUCCUUACAACUGUUGUAAGACAAUUAAUUCUAUUCGGCGAUCCUUGUCCAGCCCUCUGGAGAGUCACAAUUUAUACCUAAUGCCUUUUCUGUUUUGGGCUUUAUACACUACCUUGUAUAGCACCCCUAUCACAUGGCUGCUACUAGAUGUCUUGUAAAAUUUUAAUCAGGGAACUCCCCACUAGAGGCCCUCCCUCUUUCUAGUAGGAAGUGUUCCCUAGUAGAAGAAAUCUGACUCUGUCCUAAAUCCCCCAGCCCUAGUAUCCCCCUUAGGACCAAAAAGAACAAGUAGGGGCCGUCCUCUAUGACAGACCUUCUUCUCUUCGAGGGAUAACCAUAUUCUCCAAGACUUCUCUUCCCAGCAUGACACGGUUGGGGCCUUUUCACUAUCGUGGACACUUUACUCUCAAAGAGCACCAUGCUUAGCACGCGAAUGCAGUGUCCCAGUGUGGCUUGAUCAGCACAAAGUGGAGCAGAACUAUCACUUUUUCUUUUUAGAUAAUGAUUCACUAUUAAUCCAGCUUAAGGUAUUAAUAUCUGCUUUGAAAGAGCCCACUAUGAAUAUGAAAGUCGUUCACGCUAAUAAACAAAUAAUUUCACACUCAUGAUGGGCAUGUUGGAGAAUACUUCUGAAAGUUCACACUAACUGAAAGAAUAGGACCAAAGCAGCAGCAGGAGUACUUAACCAACAGCAUUUACCUAGAUGUCAGUCAUUACAACUGCUUCUUCCUCUGCACUAUUCUAUGACGAACCUCUUCUAAAAUUACACUGCCUUUUAAACAGACUUUCCAUUUCUCUCUGUAUUAUUGUGAGUACUGUUUUUCUGCUCCCAUCCACUUCUGCUGUUACAGAUGCCUCCCUUCCCUCUCUCUGCACCCUUAAGAGCAGACACGUGGCCCUGAAUGAGCCAGAGUUCUUCCCCAGGAUUCUUCUAACUGAGAGGGGGCAGGGGAGAGGUGUCUUUCCCCUCUGGUCAAAGCUGGUGGCUACAGCUGCAGCCCCACGAGGAAAGCUGAUCUGAAAAAAUAAAGCCAAUACAUACUGAGCCAGAAAGAGUUCUUGACAGUGUUCAAAUUCCUGGACCGAGUCACGUAUGAGACUGCCUCCAUUCCAGCCCUAGCCCUUUACCUGCCUUUUCCCCCUUUAAAGCCAUCUGAGUGGGGUUCAGGACACUUGUGGCCAGCAAAGGGUCUUCUCCUUUCCUUAUCCUUUACUUACCUUCUAUCUGGGAUGUGAUCUCUGCUAAAAUAGAGAAAAAAGACUUUUGGCCGAGCUGCGCAGCUUGCGGGAUCUUAGUUCUCCAUCCAGGGAUCGAACCCCGGGGGCCCAGCAGUGAGAGCACCGAGUCCUAACCACUGGACCGCCAGGGAAUUCCCAAGAAAAAGGAUGUCUGAGUAUAUCACACCAGAAUUAUGCUAUGAGAAGUGGUCAAUAUUAGCAGGAGAAAAACUGUUUUAUAGUUACUUCAAAUUGAAGAACUCAAAGGACUGAAGGCCUCUUCUGGAGUAGAAAUUGGAUGGAAAUGCAUGGAUUUCCGACUGCGGGCAGAGCAGAAAGGGGAGGAGGGAUGUGGAAGGGAGACCACAGAGAUUCACUAAAGAACUCAGAGAUAAUCUGAGAGGUAAAAGAAAUAACUAUUUUCACCAUCCUCUGGAUUGGCUAACAGUAAGAUAUUCUUCCUGAACUGUAUAGGCAUAUCUUUCUUAACAUGAGUGACAGAACUAAGGGUGUAUAAACUUCCAGCCAGCCUAAAGAGUACUGUGCGAUACAAAUGUGACGAGGAAGAAAGGAAAGAGGCAAACAGAGAAACGUCCACCGCUGGCCGACGCUGGUCUCGCCCUCUGGCUCCGUGGGGCCUGCUGUUGCCUCCCCUCCCCCACACUCUCACCACCUGGACAGACUCAGUGAGGCACGUUUCUGCUGAGAGAGAACCACCUCAGGUUGUCAGUGAAGGUGCAGAGCAAGACCCCUCCACACACCGCGGACAACGUUACCAGAGUACAGAGAAGUGCUCACGCCAGCAGGCCACUGGCACCUGGCCUGUGGCUCACACCGCCUCCCCAGCACCCCUAACUCCAACAGGUUCAAGUCUCUGACCCCUCUUGGGCAUCUGUGCACAGGUAAGAGACUCUGGUCCAUCUUGUGGGGCUCAAAGGACAUGGAUUAGCAAGAGAAAUAGAACUGCACAAAAUGCCCAGCCCUGUGGCAUGAGGACCAUCCUGCCCUUUUUCCCUCCUAGAGACGUUUUUUCUGCCCCUAAAGGAGCUUCAGAACAAGAGAAAGAAUCUGCAUAGAUGCAACUUCACUAAGCAGCCAAAGGCCUUACAUUAAGUUCCACACAACUGCACAUAUUUUAAAAUCAUUUGCUAGAAUACCUCCACUUCAAUGAUGUCAUCCAGUGACCCCAACAAAAGAAUUAUUUCAAUGUCUUGGACUUUGCAAUCAAGCAACAUGUUAUGUUUCUCUAACCGCUUCUGUUCCAGAGAAGUUUGAAGGAUUACAACUUUUUUUUGCCAUUUUCCCACUUCCCUGUAAAUACACAGAUAUGAAAAAGUGAUUAUAUUUUACUAAUUAUGUAAAGUUGCACCAAGGAAGAAAAACAUGUUAUAAAUGUACAUGAAAAAAAAAAAGAUUUUUUCUUAUGAGUGCUGUUAAGUUGCAGAGUUAGCCCAUGGAUGCUUGUAAUUUAAACUUCAACACUCCUGAUAAAGGCCAUGAAUAUAAUUAUUUAAUCCAAGGGAGGAUUUUCAAUAAUAAACAUUAUUACUUUAAUCAGGCUAGCACCAAUACAGUGCUUUCCUAGUUACCUUAUUUUUGUUUUAAUUAAUUAAUUAUUUUAUUUUUGGCUGGGUUGGGUCUUUGUCGCUGCACGCGGGCUUUCUCUAGUUGCGGCAAGCAGGGGCUACUCUUUGUGGCAGUGCACAGGCUUCUCACUGCGGUGGCUUCUCUUGUUGCGGAGCACAGGCUCUAGGCACGUGGGCUCAGUAGUUGUGGCUCGCGGGCUCUAGAGCACAGGCUCAGCAGUUGUGGCACGCGGGUUUAGCUGCUCCGCGGCAUGUGGGAUCUUCCUAGACCAGGGAUAGAACCCGUGUCCCCUGCAUUGGCAGGCGGAUUCUUAACCACUGCGCCACCAGGGAAGCCCCACUUACCUUAUUUUUAAAGCUGUACAAUUUUUCAAGCUGCAUUUCUCUUUCAGUAUAAGUUCUACAUUUUAGAACAUCAAACCAAGAGAAAGAGUCUCUUAGCAAGAGAAAUGUCUUACCAGUUAAGUCAUUAUGCACCUGACAGUCUCAACUUUUUUUACUGCCACCACUAAUGUAAUGCCUUCUAUCUUAAUGAGGGCUUGGGAGUUUUACCAGUUGAAACAAGGUGGAACUUUAAAGAGGACCCAGAAGAAGGACCAGAAAUGAAAUUAAAUAAAUUAAGAAUUAUAUGGUUUUUAAAAGUCUGAUGACAGAGAUGUGGUUCUGUUUAAACUAAAUACGAGUUUUAAAAAAAAAUCAAGAGUAAAUGAACUUAUUUCCGCUCAAAAAUUUUAGACAAAGAAUUUUCUGGCUGUAUCUUGAAAUACUAAAGGUCUUUGAACAUUGUGGGAAAUUGUGAAAUGCCAAGAGGCUGAGCAAAAACAGAGCUCAUUUCAUCUGAUCACUUAUGUUUGUGUCAGUCACACAGGAAAGCAGAUGUCACUGUGGGGCAACAAGCCAGCUGACUCGAAGUGUUAUUGGUCAUCAUCAUGGCAAACAUACCUGCUUAUUGUGUAACAGGUACUGUUCUAAGUACCAUAAGAACACUCACUUAUUUAAUCCUUACAACUAUUCUAUGAGGUAGGGACUAUUAUUAUCCCCAUUUUACCGAUGAGAAAACGAAGGCACAGUAAAUAAGCGGCGAAACUGGGGCAUGGAACCAUGCAGUGUAGUUCCAGAUUCUGCGCCUCACCUGCUAUGCUUUGUCACACAGACAGACUAGCAGGAGACUCCCCAACAGGAAGGUACUGGUGUCAAGGGGAUUUAGGGAAAGGAACUCUUUAUAUAGGUCCAUGUUUUCACCCACCAAAAGGAACUAUUCACUCUAAACAACUAACCACCUCUCUUGGUUUUCCCCAAACUGCAAUGCUUGAUAGGUGUGAUGUGGGACCAAAAGCAACAAAGGGUGUAUAUUCAAAUAAUAAGACUUCCUAUAAUAAAAUUCAAAUUGAUGGUAAACAUC